GCACUCAAUUUUUAUUGAGCGGUGUAUGCUUAUUGUAAAGUUUCCCUUUCCUGCCAACUGUGCACGAGGACCAUGCCAAGUGUGCGCGUGCGUAUGCGUUGCGGUCCACCGUCUCUUAUUCUUCGCCAAACUAUCCAGCCGACAAAGAAUCGAUAUGCAAACAGCCCUUGUCGGCUAUCAACACGAACAAUGCCACGAUGUUAUUACAUUUAGAUGCAUGCGGUGCUCUUUUGAAAUAGUCACUUCAUGAUUCUAUCACUAAUUUAGUUUUUUUUCAAUUGUUAAUUUAACAGUUUUGUUUGUCACACAGUUUAUAUCAUUUCCAGAUACCUCAGAAAGCUGCUCGAAUGUCAAAGUGCCCACAAGUUUCAUCACUGGAUCUAGAACUGACCACGAAGAAGGUUGAAAAAUGCCCGACCAACAACUCCGAUUCUUUCGAGCAGACAGACGAGCCGCCGGUGCAAAUGAGUGCAAAGCUGCGUGCUCUUGUUGAAAAAAUGUACUCCACUCAAGAAGAACACACGGAUGUCUUCCCAGCGUCACCCAAAAAAGGAGAGAUCGUUAUCCCAACGGGAGGGCUUGCCAAAUGCGUCUGUUCGCCAAACUGCAAAAAGGAGCUCCCACAACCGGCGUAUCUCAUUAUUACAGAACAUGAUAACAAUCAGUGGAUGCAUUUGAAGAAUAAAAAUGCGAAAAAAGUUUACCAUUAGAUGCUAUUGUCCUUUGCCCUAUUCAUUAUUUCCUUUUAUUCACGGGGUUUUCAAAAAUGACUUGAAUGUUUGGUUUUACACUCUGAAACUUAAUUUUGAACGCAUAAAUAAAGUAUUUUGAAUUAAAA